AUGCUCAAGCACAGUCCAUCGGAAGAACCAGAUUAUGGCUAUACGUCUCCCACCAGCAGCGAAGAAUCGCCCCCAGCUGCCAUGGAGAACAGCAUGAGUCCCGAUGACUACGGCUGGCCCGAUGCAUCUCUUGCUGGCAAUGGCUUUCCUGGCACGCUCGGAUCGCCAAUGAGUGUCGAUGCUGCCUCGCUGCUCGACUUCGGCGCUGCACACAUACAGUACAACAUACCUUUCCUGUACGGCAACUUGGAGCACCCAGCAGCUCAGAUGCAACUGCAGUCGGACAUUCAACAGUCACAGCCACAGCCACAACGUUCCCAAUCUUACACCCUGCCAUCGCCACCACUCGAUCCUCUUGCACACCUUCCGCUUCCUCAACUUUCGAGUCCAAUGUGCCGCCACCGUGGGCGCAACUGCAUGGUAACGAUGUUCCGCCUCGCAGUCGAAACACAAGGCCAGGUUCCAACAUCUGGAGCGUCUCGCGACGAACACUCGCGAAUCGUCGAGACUCUGCUCUCGCGAACUGGUGACACCAUCUCAACGCUCAGCGGGGUCCUGGACUGUCCUUGUUCGAGCGAGCCAACGGUCACCUCUGCGGUCUGCACCAUGAUUUCGAAGACGGUUGGAUGGUACAGCAUCAUUCUCGACAUGGAGAGCGCCGCGCCCGAAGGUCAUAUGGGACAAGAUAUGGCUCGUGCGCGAACAGCUUUGACUGGCCUGCGAGGCAAUCUUGAUAUGCUUCUUGCGAGAUUACCGCACGACAGCAAAUGA